AUGCCAGAACUCACUGAACUAGACAAGGCCACUGCAUCCAUGACUGAGAAGCGCAAGGAAGAAACCGCAUCUUCGGACAGCGACUCCGACGACACCAUCCCAGAACUGGAGGAUGCUGGUGCGCCUGGAGCUGGUGGUAUUUCAAACCCCAUCGCGGGCAUCGACAUCGUGUCAAAGGCGAAACAGUCGCGAGGUGAGAAGAAGGCUCGCAAGAUUAUGAGCAAGCUCGGACUGAAACCAGUCCAAGGUGUAAACAGAGUGACAAUAAGGAAGUCAAAGAACAUCUUAUUUGUCAUCAAUUCACCAGAUGUUUACAAGAAUCCACAUUCUGACACAUACAUAGUGUUCGGUGAGGCUAAGAUCGAGGAUCUGUCCCAGCAGGCCACAAUGGCUGCUGCCGAGCGAUUCAAGGCUCCAGAGACUGCUGCCGCUGGUAAUGACUCUGCGGCCACUGGAACGACCGUAGCCCCCAUAGCUGAAGAAGAAGACGAAGAAGGUGCAGACGAGGCCGGAGUGGACGAGAAAGAUGUGGAGAUUGUGAUGUCUCAAGCAAAUGUUUCACGAGCCCGAGCUGUUAGAGCUCUACGUAAUAACCAUUCGGACAUUGUCAACGCUAUUAUGGAACUGACGAUGUAA